AAUAAAUGCUAAUCGUUGGCCGUUGCAGUAUACAGUUUCUGUGAAUUACGUCAUUAUUGGAAUAUCCAUUGUUGUGUUUUUAACGAUAAGAUUUGUAAAAAACAAAACGAAUCACAGUGAGUGCAGUAGAUUUCAAAAUGUGUUUCAAUAAGUUCGUAAUCGCUGUUUUAUUUAUGUUCAUUAAUAAAUCGUUUAGCGAUUGUGUAAAAAACCGUAAUAAACUAGUAUGUGAAGACAUACGUCAAAUAUCUCAACGAUUUUUUAACGAAACAACGAAUACUUUACAAGGUAUUACUUCGAUUGAAAUACGGAAUGAUAAUCAAGUGUUAGGCGUUGGCGUAGACUCGUUUUCAGACGGCAAGAACUUAGAAGUUUUAAUGUUAUUUAAAAGUAAUAUUCACAAACUAUAUUCCGAAACUUUUAAAGAUCUACCGGAGCUAAGAAGGCUAUAUUUGUACUACAACCAAAUAACUGACUUGUAUCCUAAAACGUUCAGCAACUUACCAAAACUAUCAAACUUAUUAUUAAACAACAACAAUUUGAAGUUUAUCAGACCAGGUGUGUUUAAGAAUUUACCGGCUUUAAAUUCACUGGAUCUGGACAAUAACUUAUUGUCCAAUAUAGAAGACGGAGUGCUAGCUAAUUUUCCCAAUCUCUCCCGAUUGAAACUUAACGGUAACAAUAUAGAAACAAUUUUCGUUCACAAAAUAAUCAGUUUUCCUGAAAAAUUAGAAAUACUGUGGCUCCACAAUAACUCGCUGACGGUAGUUUCGAAUUUCAUGCUUCAAAAUUUGGUCAGUCUCAAAGUUCUUAACUUGGGUUUCAACAAAAUAUCCACCAUCGAAGCAGGGAGUUUUUCACAAACACCAAACCUUAUAACACUCGUCCUCACCAAUAAUAAUCUGAAAGAACUCGACGGUAGCGCGUUUCCCAUACGAGGUUUGGAUCUUCUCGAUAAUCUGUACAUCGACCAUAAUUACUUGAUGUUCCUGAGGUCUUCGUUCUUCAUCAGGUUGAGCGGUUUGAAAAAAAUUACCUUAAUGGGAAAUCCAUGGUUUUGUAACUGUUUGUACGACAUCUACAGGGUGAUCAGCGAAAACAACAUCGAAGAAAAGUGCCAGGGUGAUUAUGUUAAUGCAAAAAGGCCUAUUUGUGUGAGUGACGGUGUUGAUGUUAAAGUUUGUCAAUAUCGAUACAAUGUAACGAUGAGAGACAAGUAUUUAGAAGUAGAUCGGAGCAUUGCUUUUGACAUGAAUCCUUUAAAUUGUAUACUGUAGACAAAUAUGACAUGUAAUAAAAAUGUAUUAUAAGGAA